AUGCCGUUUAAGAGAGCAAGUGCCUUCUCACAUGUGUCUGAAUCAGACACUGAAGCUUUCGCAGAGGCCGAGAGAGAGUUCAAGUCCAGAUGUCUGCAUUUUGAGGACCGCAAGCGUGUGAACAAAGAGGAGGAAGACAUGCCUCUCCGUAAGGAAGAGGCCUUACUUAAAAAGCAGGCUAAACUACAGCAGGAGCUGAAUGCAUUGAGCAGGUCUUCACAGUCUCACAGUGGGAAGACGCAGAUACUUCAUUCAGAGUUGGCAUUGACAGACACGCUUCGUGAGGACAGACAGGAGGCACAGAGUCAAACGGAGCCGGCAGAACUGCAGAAAGAGGAGAUCAGUGCUGAGAAACCAAGUUGUGAGGAUAAGACAUUGAGUAUUUUGGAGGACAAGCUUUACACAGUCAGCACUUUUGCAAAUCAGCUGUUUAAACAGAUCAACCCACUGGCAGAGGAGAGGCAGACUGAUCAAACCAAAUACGCCCUUUAUCAGCAGCAUCUUGAACCAAUGGAAAAGGAGCUGAAUGAUCUCUGCAAAAUGGAGAAAGAAAUGAUUUGCCCAGCCACAAGUGCUUACGAAGACGUACACAAGAUUCAAACCAAAAUGAUUUGGCCGCUUGCUAGGUUACAGGAAAAGAACUUUAUCUUGCGCCAGAAUAAGGAACAGGACCUGGUCAAGCUUGUUGCAGAUGAAUCCAACCAGACAGAGUUACUGAUCAGCAAAUUCAGAGAGGAGAACGAGCAGAAAACCUCUCAAGAUGAGACCCAAGGGAUUAAACUCACAAAGGUGUCAGAUCUUAAAGAACUGGAGCUUCUGAUCGCUGAUAGCAAGAGGACGAACCCUCUCCACUGA